UAUCCAUCCGUACACUUCUAAAAACAGUUCUCAGUGCAAUGGCGAAUGUGCAACAUCGCGAAGAAGGGCUUCAUGACGGAGCAGGACCAGAGGAGAAGGGGGGCGGUGUGAAAAGUAACACUGUCUCUCCCAGCGCUGGCCCCGGGGCAGGCCCAAGAAAGCGCCCGUCCAGCGACAGCCAUGGCCCAGAAGACGAGCCCAAAAACCAGCCUGUACGCCUCAAAAUAGCCAAACCAACCAACAGCGCAAGCGCCCAGUCUCUGAAGACGUCUGCCCCCAUUUCCAUCAAGCUAGGAGGCAGUAAACCUAAGGAAGCUGCGCCCACCUUGCCUGUCAAAAAACCUGCAUCGGUUUUUGAUGACGAUGAUAGUGAACCAGAGGAGAUGCCUCCAGAAGCCAAGAUGAGGAUGAAGAACAUUGGAAGGGACACACCAACUUCAGCAGGCCCCAAUUCCUUCAACAAAGGCAAACAGGGAUUCUCCGACCAUCAGAAACUCUGGGAGAGGAAACUGAAGGCGCACACAGACCAGUAGCUCCCGAGUCUUGUGACUUAUGAUAGAGAGGGCUUGUUUCCGAUUUAAAAUCUGCAAUUUUGUCUCUUGGUUUCAAUGGACUUUGUAAAAAAAUGUACAUAUGUAAUGGGACGUCUUGCUAUAAAGCGUCUUUUUAUUGUAGGUAUGAUUGAUUUUUUUUUUUUUUUUUUUUUUACCACUCUAUGGUAAAAAAGCCUUCUUUUGCAAACUGAAGACCUAAAUGGAGAUUAAGUUUAAAAUUCAGCAACGUCUAGAUUCACAGCUAACUACACAUUGCACUAGAUAAUCUUCCACUGAAUUUACUGCUCCCUGCUGUCACUAAGCAUAGAUAACAAAUUUAAUUAAAAAAAAAAAAACCAAAUUACUGAUCACAGUAGGUAAAUAAAGUAAUUGAAAGUGUUGAAGUUAAUAAACGUUACUGCUUUGUGCAGUGUGUGGAAUCAGUGUACAAAAAGGGGGUGUGAAAUAUGAAAAUGUGGUCUCCAUGUUGUGAUACAGUUUAAUUUUCUUCCAAAGAGUAUUAAACUAUCUGAAGAGACAAA